AAAAAAGGAGAUAUUCUAGAAUUUUCUAAAUCCAUGAUUCAUCCUUCGAUGAACGUAUCUAAAGCGAAUACUUUUGAAGAAAUUUUAAAUACUUUAAAAAAUGAUAUCCUUUUUAUCCCAUUUAAACAUUCCGUUAAAAAAAAAUUACAAAAGUUAAAAUUUGAUCUAAAAAAUAAGAAUUAUAUUCAAUUCAUUAAUAUAUUCGAGAAUAUUAAAAUCAAUUCAUUAAAUGAUUUAAUCAAUCAAAGCUUUUUAGAACAAAAAUCGAUUCGUUUUGGUUCAUGUGUUACUCUAAAGCAUGUCGCAACUGGAAAAUAUUUUAGACGUUAUGUACAAUAUAAAACGGGCUCUAAGAGAAGUAUUGUUUUCGCUAGCCAAGCUUUAUCCAAUUCAAAUUCUUUAUGGAUCCUUGAUCAAAACAAUAAUAGGAAUCCGAUUAUUUAUGGAAAAAGUGAAGUUUACUUAAUGAAAAAAGGGGGGUUUCUAUGAAGUGGUGUAUUGAAUGAUUUGAAAAUGAAUAACUUAUUAGAUAAAUUUUUGUAUAUACCGUAAUUUAGUAAAAUAUUAUCAAUACAUAUUUAUUGUAAAAAAAUCACGAUAAUUUAACUUUUUAA